AUGGCUGUCACCCAAGCUUCGGCGAAUUCUACCAAUGCCGCCUUCAAGGACAAGGAGAAGCCUAUGGCUGUUCGCACAGCAAAUAUUGUUGCUGCGAGAGCUGUUGCGGAUGCUAUAAGAACGAGCUUAGGUCCCCGAGGCAGUAAACCUGCUAAUACCCCUCUGGUGGAUAAGAUGAUCAUGACAGGGCGUGGAGAGACGAUGAUUACGAAUGAUGGAAAUACCAUGUUGAAAAGCAUGUCUGUUAUGCACCCCUCAGCCAAGAUGCUGGUAGACCUUUCAGCAGCACAAGAUGUCGAAGCAGGAGAUGGAACUACGUCGGUAGUAGUAAUUGCAGGAAGUUUAUUAGGAGCCGCAGAUAGAUUACUUGGAAAGGGAAUCCACCCUUCAGUUAUCGCCGAGUCCUUCCAAAGAGCAGCAGCCGCAGCUGUUCAGGUCCUCCACGAUAUGUCGGUUCCUGUCUCCCUGACCGAUACGACUGUCCUCCUUCAAGCCGCCACCACCUCUCUUUCUUCCAAGAUUGUUUCGCAACAUUCGGGUUUACUCGGUCCUAUGGCUGUUAAUGCUGUUACGAACACUAUUGAUAUUAAGACUGCGGAUAAUGUUGAUUUGAAGAACAUCAGGAUAGUUAAGAAAGUCGGAGGCACAAUCGAGGACAGUGAGAUGGUUGAAGGUGUAGUCUUAACACAACAAGUUGUUAAGAAUGGUGGUGGACCAGUCAGAAUGGAAAAGGCACGGAUAGGACUCAUUCAGUUUCAACUCAGCCCUCCCAAGCCAGAUAUGGAAAACCAAAUCGUAGUAAAUGACUACCGCCAAAUGGACAAAAUCCUCAAAGAAGAGCGCACCUACCUCCUCAAUAUGGUAAAGAAGAUCAAAAAAGCAAAAUGCAACGUCCUCUUCAUCCAAAAAUCCAUUCUCCGCGACGCUGUCAACGACCUCUCCCUCCACUUCCUCGCCAAGCUCAACAUCCUCUGCAUUAAAGACAUUGAGCGCGACGAGGUUGAAUUCAUCUGCAAAUCCACCGGCUGCAAGCCUAUCGCCGACAUCGACUCGUUCUCCGAAGACAAACUUGGUAGCGCUGACUUGAUCGAAGAAAGCCAGAGCAGCGGCAGCAGAAUUGUUAAAGUCACGGGUACGAAGAGUGCUGGCAAGACCGUCAGCAUCGUUUGCCGUGGCGCCAACUCUCUUAUCCUGGACGAAGCAGAGCGUUCCCUCCAUGAUGCCCUUUGCGUUAUCCGCUGUCUCGUCAAGAAGAAAGCGCUCAUUGCUGGUGGUGGAGCCCCUGAGAUCGAGAUCGCUUCCCAGCUGUCUAAACAGAGCAGAAGCUUGACGGGCACAGAGGCUAUCUGCUGGAAGGCGUUUGCUGAUGCGAUGGAGGUUAUUCCUACGACGCUAGCGGAGAACGCGGGGUUGAAUAGUAUCAAGGUUGUCACAGAGCUCAGGCAUAAGCAUGAGUAUGGAGAGAAGAAUGCGGGUGUUAGUAUCAAGAGUGGUGGGGUCAAGAUUGAUAUUGGCGAGGAGAACGUGUUGCAGCCGUUGUUGGUGAGCACCAGUGCUGUAGAGCUGGCUGCCGAGACCGUAAAAAUGAUUCUGAGAAUCGACGAUAUUUGCUUAUCAAGAUGA